AUUAUCGUUGGGCCCUUACUGGUACUCCCAUACAGAACAAGCUUAAAGACUUCUACAGCUUAAUAAAGUUCCUUCAUGUUGCUCCCUUUGAUGAUCUUAGAGUUUGGAAGGACACUAUUGAGGGUAGAAGCUUAGGAAUGAAGAGGUUACAGGCGAUGGUCUCAUGCUUAGUUUUGAGAAGACUAAAAGAAGAGUUUGAAUCAACUAAGCUACCAGCGAAAAACGUGGUAUGUCACAAGCUUGCACUCAAUCCGGAGGAGAGGAGUAUCUAUAAUGUGCUCUUUCAUUUCAGCAGGGACUUCUUUAUGAAGUAUUUAACUGAGAUGGGUGAAUUUGAUAUGCUUUCUGAUUCAGCUCCAUCCCUCAGUAGUCUACUGCACAAAGUCCCGUCUCAUUUAAGAUCCUCUGUUGAAACUUUAAUGAAAUCAAUGAUACCUAACAUUGAAGAAAUGGAAGGACAACGUCGCUCGGGGUCCAUGAUAUUAUUACUGUUAUUAAGAUUGAGGCAGUGUUGUAAUCAUCCUAAUCUCUUGUCUACUGCUCUAACCUCUGAAGUGUUGGCUGAGGAUGAUCUAGCACUAGCUAUGGGAGCUCUCUCUAUUGGGGCCACCUCUGAACCAAAACAAGACCUAUCUGUUAGUUCCAAAGGAUUUUUCCAUAGCUCUCACAUCAGUAGUAAGGUCCAGUCUAUCAUUACUAAACUGGAUGAAAUCUUUUCUAAUGAGGACCCCAAUGAGCCAUUACCUAAUAAAUGUAUCAUAGUGUCACAGUGGACCAGCAUGCUGCAUAUCAUUGAGCAUCACUUAACACUGUCAAACAUAUCAUGUACAAAGAUUGACGGGAAAGUUCCUCUUAAAGACCGUCAUGCUAACAUUGAUGCAUUUAACAGGAAAUCACCUAACCCAAGAGUCAUGUUAUUAUCAUUACAAGCUGGUGGUGUUGGUCUAACACUGACUGCUGCCAAUCACGUCUUUAUCACUGACCUCCACUGGAAUCCUCAAUUGGAGCAGCAGGCAUCAGACAGGUGUCAUCGUGUUGGUCAAACACGGACAGUAACUAUCCACAGGUUUAUGACUGAGAAUACAGUAGAGAGAGUCAUAGCAGUAAUACAGGAAAACAAGUUGAAAUUAGCUUCUGAUGUUCUUGGAGGGUCUACCAAGAAAGGAAGGAAGGGUAUGGGGCUGACACUUCAAGACCUCAAAAUGCUCUUUGAAAUACCUUAACUGAUGAUCAUUUAUUAUAAUUGAUUUCAUUUAUAUGCUGCCCACUUGAUGUUGUACUGUAUUGUCAUUGAUUAUUGAUUUUAAAUCAUUAGUUUAGUAAAACUGUCACACAAA